AUGGCAAAAUUUACUUUCUCUCUCCUCUUUCUCAUUCUGCUGUUCUCUGUUUCAGGUCAAAUGUUUGCAAUGGCAAAUAUACAGUUUUGGUGCAUUAAAUUAUUGAAACAGGAAACAUGGUGUGUUGCAAAGCCAUCAUCAGAUGAUGCAACAUUAUUAGCAAACAUAAACUAUGCUUGCUCUCAAGUGGAUUGCAGUGUUCUUCAUCAAGGGUGUCCUUGUUUCUCUCCUGAUAAUCUAAUAAAUCAUGCUUCCAUUGCUAUGAAUCUUUAUUAUAGAGCUAAGGGUUGCCAGCAAUUGAAUUGUGACUUCAGGGGUUCUGGACUCAUUGUCAUCACUAAUCCUAGUUAUGGUAAUUGUCUCUACCAAUAGAAAGAAAUUUCAUAUAAUGUCGGACUUUAAAGGAGGAAUAUUUGUGGAUUUUUGGUCAAAUUUUGGUCCAGUAUAAAUUGAUACUGUAAUUUUUGUAACAAGGCGAGACCCUUUUUACUAGCUUCAGCCGAAUAUGAGUUAAAUAAUUAAACUUAUC